CUCGCAGUGUGCAGGGCCGGAUAGCGCUGAGAUCCAGAGAAGAGGGCUCCGGAGAAUACGAUGCAAAGUCUGGAGCCACUGAGCCACGAGUGAAACCGGUGCAGCCCAGCUCACUUGCCCAGACCUCUGAAGAGGAAACAGAGGUUGUGGUGGAAAAUGAGGGAGACCAAAAGACUGAGGUGGAGGAGGAAGAGAAAACGGAGGAACAGGAUCAGGAGACAGAGGAGGAGAUGGAUAAGGGGGGAAAUAUGGUGGAGGAAGAGAAGAUGGUGGUGGAGGAGAUGAUGGUGCAGGAGGUUGAGAAGUUAGAGAAUGAGGUGACGGACGUGGAGGAGGAAGAGGAGACGGAGGAGACGGUGGAAGAGGAGCCGGAGGAGGAGGAGGAGCCGGAGGAGGAGCCGGAGGAGGAGCUGGAGGAGGAUAAGCCGGAGGAGACGGAGGAGACGGAGGAGCCGGAUAAGGGGGGAAUUAUGGUAGUGGAGGAGAUGAUGGUGCAGGUGUUUGAGAAGUUGGAGGAGGAAAAGGAGAUGAAGGAAAUGAAUAAGAAGCGAGGGUGCAUGGCUCGUGUGGGGAGAGCAAUACGCUCACUCCUCCGCCACGUGCUACUGUGCGGUGGCCGGUCCACCCCACAGUAGGGGUGGUAGUGGUGGUGGUCGUACAUUUGUGUAAACCACGACUGCUAUCACCACACCACCCACCCUCCCCCCGUGAUACACAUUUUUAGUCUAUUAGUGUAAAUAUUUGUAGUCUAUUUCUGUAUAUAUUUUGUCUAUUGCUGUACAUAUUUCCUUGGAUACAAUGCAUUUA